AUGAAGAAGAAGGCUUUCAGGAGCAAAGUGAAGGAGGAGAUGAAAGCAGCACAGCGGGAGGUGAAACGCUGCCUGAGGGAAGCAAAGGACACCUACAGGAGGAAGGUGGAGCAAAAGUUGGAGAGGAACAACAUGAGGGAGGUCUGGAAUGGUGUGAAAACCAUCACAGGCCACAACACCAAGAAAAGCACAGUGGGGGGGACUGUGGAGAAGGCAAACGAACUCAACAACUUCUUCAACAGGGAGCCGCUACAACGAGUCUUCAACCUCAGUCUGCGACUGGGGAGAGUGCCCGCCCUAUGGAAGACAUCCUGCAUCGUCCCGGUCCCCAAAAAGAACAGGCCCAAUGAGCUGAAUGACUUCCGACCGGUGGCACUGACGUCACAUCUUAUGAAGACUCUAGAGCGGCUCUUCCUCAACCUCCUCAGACCACAGGUACAACAUGCCCAGGACCCACUACAGUUUGCAUACAAGGCGGGUGUCGGAGUGGAGGAUGCCAUCCUGUACCUCCUACACAGAGCCCACUCACACCUGGAUGGGGGAAAAGGCACGGUCAGGAUACUGUUUCUUGACUUUUCCAGUGCCUUUAAUACCAUCCGGCCCUGUAUGCUUCAGGAAAAACUGAACAGGAUGGAGGUGGACCCCUGCCUGGUCGCUUGGAUCUCCGACUACCUCACCGACAGACCACAGUACGUCAGGGUGAAGGACAUCACGUCUGACACUGUGGUCAGCAGCACAGGAGCACCACAGGGAACUGUGCUGUCCCCUCUUCUCUUCACCCUGUACACCUCUGACUUCUGCUACAACUCUAAAUUAUGCCAUAUUCAGAAGUUUGCAGAUGACACGGCCAUCAUGGGGUGUAUUUGGGAUGAUCAGGAAGAGGAGUACAGGAGUCUGGUGAGGAACUUUGUCGCAUGGAGUCACACAAACCACCUGCAACUCAACACCUCAAAGACUAAGGAACUGGUUGUGGACUUCGGGAGGUCCAGAGAAGGUAUGUAUGGGCCAGAUGAGGGCUGGGCAUCUGCCUACCCACAAUGUGGAGAGAGAAACCAGUCACCAAUCAAUAUUGUGGAUAAGGAUACCAAAAUAUCCAGAGAAUAUCAGGAGCUGACACUGGAGGGUUUUAACAUAGAAUCUUCAAAUAAGACAUCUAUGAAGAACACUGGCAAAACAGUCGCCAUCAUGUUGAAAGAUCAUUACUUUGUUCGGGGAGCAGGUCUACCAGGGAGGUUUAAGGCAGAAAAAGUAGAGUUUCAUUGGGGUACAAGCAAUGGAUCGGAGGGCUCUGAACACAGUAUCAAUGGCCAACGUUAUCCUGUGGAGAUGCAGAUCUACAUGUAUAACUCAGAUGACUUUGAAAGUCUCACUGCAGCACUCAGAGAGAAGAGAAUCAUUGCAGCCAUGGCUGUUUUUUUCCAGGUGGGAGGAAGGGACAAUCCUGCCGUUGACCCCAUAAUCCAUGGCCUAAAGGGUGUGGUCCAUCAUGAAAAGGAGACCUUUCUGGAGCCAUUUGUGCUUAAGGACCUGCUGCCAUCCUCACUGGGAAGUUAUUAUCGUUACACUGGCUCUUUGACCACUCCACCCUGCAGCAAGGUGGUAGAGUGGAUCAUUUUCAGCAGUCCUGUCUACUUCUCUUACAAACAGUUGGAGGCUUUCUACUCCAUCUUCACCACAGAGCAACAAGACCAUGUUAAGUCGGUGGAGUAUCUGCGCAGCAACUUCAGGCCCAUCCAGAGCUUAGAUAACCGGCACGUCUUCAAGUCUGCAGUAAAAGAUGCCUGGUUGCCUGACCUAAAUGACAGCGGCAGCAACCCGUAUGGCACAGAGGCUUCCAAAGUCUGCAGUAGUGCUCCCAUAAACAUGAAGGUGCAGCAUGUCAAUGGCAGUGCUUUGGUGGUGCGUUGGGCUCAUCCGGAGGUCACCUACCACUCACCCAUCCAGCAUUUCCUGGUAUCUUACAGCUGGACGGCCCAUGAUGACAGCUAUGAAGAGACCCACCUAACGGAUGCCAAACACAAACUGGAGGCCAUCAUUUCUCCAGUCUCCCCCGAUGUGCUCUACCUCUUUCGAGUCCAGGCUGUCUGCACUAAUGACAUGCGCAGUGACUUCAGUCAGAGUAUGCUUUUUAGAGAUGUAAAACAAAUAAAUGGAACAAACAAGCCAACACUGUCUCCAGCCUCCUCGGCUGAUAUGGCUCCCAUUUCCUCUGGCUCAUCAACUUGGACUUCAUCUGGUAUCCCCUUCUCAUUUGUCUCUAUGGCAACAGGCAUUGGUCCAUCCUCCAGUGGUAGUCAAGCAACUGUGGCAUCUGUGGUGACCAGCACUUUACUGGCUGGCCUGGGCUUCAGUGGUGGUGUCAUUUCCUCUUUUCCCAGCUACAUUUGGCCAAGCAGAGCACCCAACCACAAUCCCACCUCUCACCACCAGGCUACCAAAGCCAGUGAGCAGAUGAAAGAAACGCCUGCUGUUGUCAGUGCAGCAGUUAAGGAUAAUAAUGAAGCUGGGAGUGAGGACAGAGAAAACUGCAAAGGUCAAGGAGAGGACAGAGAGAGGGAAGGCGAGGAUACGGAUGAUGAGAAGGAAGAAGAAGAGAAAAAAGACAAGGAGAGGAAAGGAUCGGGAGGUUUAAGCAGGGCAAAGAGGAAGGAUAGCAACAUAGCAGCAAAGCAUUUAUUUGGUAAGAUGCCUUACUGUGGUGCACGGGAGAAGGAACAGACUGAAAAAGAGCCUACUAAACCACCGCCUGUUCGAAAAGACCAACUAAAAGCAAAUACUUACAAUCCACUUCACUCUUACCCAAGUCUUACCGCAGAAUCAGCCAAUCAAACAGCAGCAGUCCCCAUCCAGGAGGACCUGACAGUGACACUUAGGCACCGCAUAAUGAGGGAUGAAAAGCACAGGCCUUUCUCCUACCACACCGGACCAGUACCAGUUCCUAUACAGGACUCUACUUAGGCCCAUCAGUGUCAACGUGAAUGGUUUGGGUCUUCUGGCCAGAGAUUUUAAUGAGACAAUACUGACUGUGUCAGACCGGUCCGAGAGUAUGGAGCUGUUGGUCUGAAACAGGCUCUUCAGAACAAGGAGCUCUGCUGAAGAGCCUGUCCCGUGGAUCCAAAGCACCUGUGUUGUUCCUGAGCCCAUAAAAGAAGCACUUAUCUUUGAAAAACGUCAAGGAACUAUCGUGGACAGGACUUUCCAAUGCCUUUUUCGCCAGACUCUUGGUUAAAAUUAAUAACCUGAUUACUUUUUUACACAGAUAUAAAGUUUUGAUAUUUAUUUUUUUUCACCAAUUUAUGUCUUAUGGUUCUCCUACUGAAGGGUUUACACCUGUUUUUAAGUUUCACAACAGUGUCAGUGGGCAGCGAGAAACACUUUUUGUCUUUUCUUGUUUGCACUAUUCAGUGUAGUGUUACAGCCUACAUAUACUAAAGCAGACUCACUUGGAUUUUCCUCAAUCAGACUUUUUUUAUGGAGACAUUUCAGGGCUUUGACUUGUUAAGCCAACCGCUUCUGUGAAGGACAUCACAAGUUUUCUGUCUCUAUAACAAGAUGUCUGACUUCUGCUCAGCAUGACGUCCUACACCAUGCUCACACAUCAUGUUACUAUUCAUUAAUCACAAGAUUAAUGGGAAGAAGCUCAUGGAAGGAUGACCAUGAACAA